GAUUGGAAACAGACCUUCCCAGGUCGAGAUGAGCUGGUAGAGUAUUUUCAACAUGUCGAUAAGGUCUGGGACCUGAGUAAAGAUGUGAGAUACGAUACGCGUGUGACGAGUAUGAAGUGGGAUGAGGAGAGGAAGGGGUGGAGGGUGAGCAUCAAUGAUGGGGAAGCUGAGCUUACGGCUUGGAAUGUUGUGCUUUGUACUGGGUUUGCGAGUAAAAGGUAUACGCCACCUUUCAAGAAUUUGGAGUUGUAUAAGGGCGAGAUUCAUCAUACG